GUCUAACCGUACAAAAUCACCUCCGCCUUUACAAGCGUCAUUUUCACAGAGAUCAAUCAAGAUGACAGAAGGCGCAAGUUUCAAACAGCGAACUAUCCAGAUAAUUUUGCAGGAUUUUUUUAGAGAUGAGAAAACAAAGGUUACUGCGGAUGCUGCUGCAUUGGUUGUUGAAGUAAUGAACAUUUUCGUGUCAGAGGCAGGAUGCAGGGUCAUCAAGGAGGCAAAGACAGAUAAUUCAGAGGAAGUGACUAUUGAACAUUUUGAAAAAAUUCUUCCCCAGCUGCUAUUGGAUCUCUGAUGAAAGAAGAGCACCCUGCUGUCUAGUGAGAUACUGGAUAUAAUGGGUUAAGGUAGGGGAAAACAACAGUACACUACGGACAUUGUGGUGGCGAGGAUUAUCUUGGAGUGACUUCAGUACAGACAUUUUGUUUGUGGUCGCGAGGAUUAUCUCGGAGUGACUUCAGUACAGACAUUUUGUUUGUGGUCGCGAGGAUUAUCUCGGAGUGACUUCAGUACAGACAUUUUGUUUGUGGUCGCGAGGAUUAUCUCGGAGUGACUUCAGUACAGACAUUUUGUUUGUGGUCGCGAGGAUUAUCUCGGAGUGACUUCAGUACAGACAUUUUGUUUGUGGUCGGGAGAUCAAGAUCAAUCAUUUGAUCCUAAUUCAUAUAUGUACUGUGUAUAUUGAAACAAUAAAGAUAAUCCUUUACAUGUU